AUGGUCUCUACCGAUGGCUAUGGGUCCAUCUGUACCCCGCAGUCGCAGCUCUUCACGUACAACACCGCGUUGCGCCCCCUUGUUCAAUUCACAGCGUACAAGGAGUUCCACAAUGGGUCCAAGACAUGCAGCAACAAUUUCACGAAAGGUGUCAAGGUCUCACCUGACGGUCUCUGUCUAUUGACCAACAGCGAUGACCACAUUUUGCGCUUAUUUGAAGUGCACAGUGCACAGCAGCAGUCACGUACUAGUCUACUGCAAGCCAAAGAGGGCGGUACAGUGUACGACUACGAGUGGUAUCCGUUCAUGUCGUCAGCUGACCCGACUUCGUGCAUCUUUGUGAGCACGAGUCAAGACCAACCGGUCCAUUUAUGGGACGCCUAUACGGGAGAGCUUCGAGCUACGUACAGGGCUUUUGACCACCUGGACGAGCUGACAAGUGCCCAUAGUCUGGCGUUCAAUGCAACAGGCACGAAGCUCUUUGCUGGUUUUGACCGGAUGAUCCGUUUUUUCGAUCUGUCGCAGCCUAGUCGAGACUUUAGGGCUCGACCUUUGAGCAAGACGCGACGUUCGCGUAAUGGUCAGCGAGGGUUGAUCAGUACGCUGCAUUUCAACCCCGAUCAUUCCAAGAUCUAUGCAGCGGGGUCGUAUGGAGGCACGACUUGUGUAUACACCGAGGACGAAGGGGAUGAACUACUGACACUUUGUGAUCACGACGGUCGCGGUAUCUCUCAAGUACGAUUUUCUCCAUGUGGAAGGUUUCUCUACACAACUGCGCGCCGCGAUGCUUGGAUUCACUGCUGGGAUAUCCGUGCAACGAAAGAGAUUUGUCACACGUUCAACCGCGUGGCUGACACGAAUCAACGACUGGAGUUUGACUUGCAUUGUAGCGGGAGAUACCUAGCUGCUGGAAGUCGUACAGGUCGAGUGAUGCUAUACGAUGUGUUGACAAGUGAGCUGCUCGAUGAGAGCAUUCGGCUUCCUGAUUGCGUCAAUGGAGUGUCAUUUUUCCCUAACGCGUCCAGAGCCACGAUUGCUGUUUGCAGCGGUCAGCGGCACUUCGACUUGCCGGAAGACAUGGAGAGUGAGGAGGAUGACGUUGUAGGUCAAGCUGAGGUCGCCAAGGAAGCAGUAGCGAGCCCAAAAGUGCGAAACCUACUUCAAGUGUACGAUUUCCAGACGCCUGAGUACGGAAGCGAGCACAAUGCUGGCGCUACACCACCCGUUAACGCAAUGGAGUCCGUAAGCACGCAAAUGCAAAAAUAG